GCAGAGUAGAAAGGGGGGGCAUCCGAACCUCAAUUUCCCAGUGGGGGCCGUUAUCACACUGACAGAGCUCGUAUCGAACCCCGUUACUGUUGUGCCCCCUGUACCUCCCCCUUUCGGUUGCCCGUGUGUCACUGUAAUUCUGCGCCCCCCCCCCAGGUCUGAGCUCAGCGUUGCGCCUCCUUCUCUGCGCGUUCCCCUCUGUAGCAGCGUCUCCCGGAGCAUCAGCUGAUUGUCGGAGCUUUAUAGUCGCACAGACAGGCUCGCUCGCUGCUCAUCAUAUCUCCGCGCUGCUGCUGCUCCUGGGGACUCUGUUGCUCAGACGGGGGAGAUGUUUUAUUCGGGGAUCCUCACAGAGAGCAGCAGGAAAGAAGCGGAUCCGAGAGAAGCUGCGACAAUUCGCCAGCAGAGGAGGAUGAAGCAGGCGGUUCAGUUUAUCCACAAGGAUUCGGCCGAUCUCCUGCCUCUGGAUGGGAUGAAGAAGCUGGGGACCUCCAAGGAUACUCCGCACAAUAUCCUGCAGAGGCGCUUGCUGGAGACCAACCUAUCAAAGCUGAGGAUCAACCGCCCCACCUGGACACCCAAGAACGACAAAUUGGCCCAGAGUAAGAAGCUGAACCAAGGCAAGCUUGAGAGUCCGAGGAAGAGCGAGGAAGAAGAUAUGAUCUACAUCUGGUGUCAGUGCGCUGGAAAGGAAGUGAGAGCCUUAAUUGAUACCGCCUGUCAGUACAGCCUCAUACCUGCCCCCUGCCUCCACCGACUGGGGUUGAAGGAACAUUUCAGAUCAUAUAAGAAAGAGGAGGAACGUCCUUCCCUACCGUACGAUGUAAAGGCCAUUGGGCAAGUGGAGCGCAUGGAGGUGAUGUUGGGCGGUUCCACAGUGGAAUGCACAGCCAUAGUAAUAGAUAAUAAUGACAGAAAUUUUUCGCUUGGGCUCCAGACCUUGAAGUCUCUGAAGUGUGUUAUCAACCUGGAAAAGAACCAUAUUGAAGUGGGACAAACGGACAAAGACAUCAUCCCAUUUAUUUCCAACAGAAACACAGUCAAGGAAGAUCACUCCUCGGAAGGCGUGACAGGAAAGAGAAGAGAUUCACCAGCCAAUGACCAAAAGGUUCCUCUCGUGUCAGCGUAAUCAGAUCAAACACAAUCAGAUCAGGAGAAAUAUCUGUGCCAACUCUGUGUUCCUUUUGUUGCUGCCUCAUUCCUUUCCUUGUGCUCCUAGUGCCCCCCAUCCUGAUUGUUUCUAUAUAGCCAGAGAUGUGGGCAAGGAUUUGUGUUUUUUUAUAGAUACAAUUUAUUUAAUUAUUUGCCGCCUUCUUCUGACUCUUUCCAGCUUUCUAAUGGGGGUCACUGACUCCAUGUAAAAAACAAAUUCUCUGUAAGGCUACAAAUAUAUUAUUAUUGCUACAUUUAUUCCUCAUGUCUCUAUGCAGGCCUCUCCUAUUCAUAUUCUAGUCUCUUAUUCAAAUCGAUGCAUGGUUGCUAGGAGAGUUUGGACCCUAGCAACCAGAUGGCUGAAAUUGCAAACUGGAGAGCUGCUGAAUAAAAAGCUGAUUAAUUCAAAAACCACCAAUAAUAAAAAAAAAUGAAGACCAAUUGUAUAUUCUCUCAGAAUAUCACACUCUACAGCAUACUAAAAGUUCAUUUAAAGGUGAACAACCCCUUUAAAUUGCUGUCCAGUUGUUAGGGUCAGUUACCCCCAGCAAUGAAAAUGACUGUGAGGCUAAUACUUUCAGUUCUCCUGUUCAUCUUCCCUUCUCACAUUCUACUGCCUAGAUAAGUCAAAUCACUGAAAAACUACUCACUCUACAAAGAGUUACAGCUGAGGGAAACUUUCCCUUUAAUGACAGUGUCUAUGUUUGGAGCACUCAAUAAUAUAUAUAUAUAUAUAUAUAUAUAUAAAAAAACCAAAGUAAAAACAUUGGUAAAAAAACAACAGAAAUAUUUAUUGUAUUUUCUUUGAGAUCUAGGUGGUUAGUGCAGACCAGGUGUCUCUGUUUUUCUCUUGCCUAUGUCUGGGACUGGGUUAUAGUAGAAUCUCCCUGCUGCCCCCCCCCCAUUGGAGAAGAGGUGGUACAGUCUAUGUAGAACCGAUAAGCGAGAACAGUGCCCCUGCUGGCAGGUGCGGAAAAUAGCGCAGAUUGCCUACAGCUUAGUGUAUUGUAUAGAAACUAUAUAUUUUAAUGCAUAAAUUAAUAGUUUAUCCAAAAAAUAUUAAUUCUGCAAAUUGAGAUGAUUUUAUGUAAUCCUAUUUAUUAGCACCAAUGCAACGUGAGAGCUUCAGUAGCACCCUAUACACCUGCCCAGGGGGCAGAACACACCCCAGAAGCAUUAGGAGCACUUUGCACCACAGGCACUGGCUUGGAGUGCAAAGUUGAUUUCAUAGAGGGUGGGCUUUAGAGGAAUAAAAGCACCCCCCAUCCUGCCCUAUAACUUUGGCAUUAUUAGGGGCUUUAUAAAGGCCCCAGCAGAUUGUAAAUACAGGUCUGCCUUGUGCCCGCUAGGUCUCUCUACCAGGGUCUCAAUUCCAAAUCAGCACCAAGGGAUGUGGCUUUUUACCCCUCACACCUGCCCCUGUGUAAAUAACCCUUUAUAUGCCCUAGGCCUUUCAUUCUGUUACAUCAAUAUUUCAGUGAUCCUACACAAUCAACAUUAAAGGGCAACUUAAGCCAAUAUCUCAAUAUCACUCUGAUAUGAAUCCAUCCUUUACCUGUGUCGGCGGCUCUGCACAUACUCAGUGAGUUCCAUAUUGCUACUGCGUUUGCCUGUGAUGUGCAUGGGUGCUGAUCACGGGUACUGGGGGGAUGAACAGAGACCCCCAUCCUAAUGAAGAUUCUUAUCCAGGCCCUGGUCUUCAUCAUUUUCAAGGGGCUCCAGUGCCUCGGUAGCUUUAUGCACAGGGUUCAACCUUUCUAAUUUAAUUCUUUGUGUGUCUGAAGUUGCCCUUUAAUGCUCAAUAGAAGCCAUGUCUGCGCAGACAAUCUGUCCCCUAAGCAAACGCCCUAAUGCCGCUAAUUACUGCUAAUGUUUAUAUGGGACAGUCACAAAUAUUUAGGAAUUUGGGCACAUUUAAAAAAAUAUUCAGCUGCAUUAAGGCCGCACUGCUGCCUGUGCUUCUUCAAGCGCAAUAUACAUCACAAGCUCCAUAAACUGAACCAGCGCUAAACUGAUACAAACCCUGUAUAACUGGGAACAAUUGCUUUUAACUCUUCAUGUGCUGUAGGGUAAAUAUUGCAUCCAUAAGGUACUGGUGCUUUAACCAGGUCAAGCUGUGCCCGUUUAUAGCCGGGCACCCCCUACACCUCCUCAUUUCUUUAAUAUGAUUAAUUAUGUGUAUAAUGUGCCCUUUGCUUAUGUGACAAGUCUAUUUCUAAUAAAGUGUACUUUUACACUGAG